GGGAGCCGGAGCCGCGCGCGCGCUGGCUGUGGCGUUGCCAUGCGUACGGGGAACGAACCCCCGAUAACUCCGCAGAGUGCAACGGCAGUCUGCGCGUGUGCUUGUGAUUCAGGGUCCUAGCGGGACAUCCUGGGUCCCCCCCAAACCCAACAGUACUUUAACCCUGCCGACAGGUCCAAAGGUCGGAACGCGUACUCGUUCUUUUUUUUUUACUGAGAUUUAACUUGACGUAGAAAACAGCGGGCGGUGUAAGUCGCGGAGAGGUGGUGUAAGUCGCAGUUAGCCAACUUGCUGAAGGAGAGACAGAGAGAGAGCGAGCAAAAAAGCAACAUGUCAGCCACGCGGAUGCAGUUGCUGACGGCCAGAAACGUCCGGUUUCUGAACCGGGGGCGAAGCGAGUUGUCGGCCGGGGUCCGCGGGGGCCCCGGGGCCCGCUCGCCCACCUCACCCGCUCUGUGGUCCUCCUCUCCCGGCAGGGCUCUAUCGGGUCUGAGCGCGACGCGGCGCGGGCUCCCCAAAGAGAACAUGUCCCAGAACGGAGCGUCGCCCCGGGCGAAGGUGUUGACCCUGGACACCAUGAACCCCACGGUGAAGAAGGUGGAGUACGCCGUGCGGGGGCCCAUCGUGCAGCGGGCCGUGGAGCUGGAGAGGGAGCUCUCUGAGGGAAUCAAGAAGCCUUUCACCGAGGUCAUCAAGGCCAACAUUGGCGAUGCGCAUGCUAUGGGCCAGCAGCCAAUCACUUUCUUCCGACAGGUGUUGGCGCUGUGCUCCUACCCCGAGCUGCUCAACGACAACACGUUCCCAGAGGAUGCUAAAAGUAGAGCGCGCCGCAUUCUUCAGUCCUGCGGAGGGAACAGUAUGGGCUCCUACAGUGCCAGUCAGGGCAUAGACGCUGUGCGCCAGGACGUGGCCCGCUACAUUGAGCGAAGAGAUGGCGGCGUGCCCUGCGACCCAGACGACAUUUACCUCACCACGGGGGCCAGCGACGGCAUCGUGACCAUGCUGAAGCUGCUGGUGUGCGGCGAGGGUGCGACGCGCACCGGCGUCAUGAUCUCCAUACCCCAGUACCCCCUGUACUCGGCUGCUCUGGCCGAACUGGGCUCCGUGCAGAUCAACUAUUACCUCAACGAGGAGAAGUGCUGGAGUCUGGACAUCAGUGAGCUGCAGCGGGCUCUGGAUGAGGCCCGGCGCCACUGCAACCCUCGAGCCCUCUGCAUCAUCAACCCUGGAAACCCCACCGGUCAGGUUCAGAGCAGACAGUGCAUCGAGGACGUAAUCCGAUUUGCAGCACAGGAGCGUCUCUUCCUCAUGGCCGAUGAGGUGUACCAGGACAAUGUGUAUGCCGACGGUUGCCAGUUCCACUCUUUUAAGAAGGUUCUGUUUGAAAUGGGCCCAGAGUACUCGGACACAGUGGAGCUGGCUUCCUUCCACUCCACCUCCAAGUGUUACAUGGGAGAGUGUGGCUUCCGUGGAGGCUACAUGGAGAUCAUCAACAUGGACGAGGAAGUGAGGGCGCAGCUGUCCAAGCUGGUGUCUGUCCGUCUGUGCCCCCCAGUUCCUGGACAGGCGCUCAUGGACCUGGUGGUCAACCCCCCGCAGCCCGGUGAAUCCUCAUAUGACAAGUUUAUCAAGGAGCGCACGGCCACGUUAAGUGCCUUAGCAGAGAAGGCCAAGCUUACAGAGCAGGUCCUCAAUACUGUUCAAGGCAUCAGCUGCAAUCCGGUGCAGGGCGCCAUGUACUCCUUCCCUCGCAUAACCAUCCCUGAAAAGGCUGUCAAAGAGGCCACGGACAAAGGUCAGCAGCCGGAUAUGUUUUACUGCAUGAAGAUGCUGGAGGAGACGGGCAUCUGCCUGGUGCCCGGGAGUGGCUUCGGUCAGAGGGAUGGAACCUACCACUUCAGAAUGACCAUCUUGCCGCCGAAAGACAAGCUGACGACGCUGCUGAACAAAGUCAAGGAGUUCCACCAGAAAUUCCUGCAGCAGUAUUCUUAAAUUGCCACACUGCUUCCUCUGACUUGUAAAGAGAGGAACCCACCAAUCAAAAUGAAAGUAACUCAGCCAAUCAGAAUUGAUCUGUCACUAACAAGUGCCUUUCCUACGGAGGCUCCGGUGGUCUCUGUGAUGACGCACUUCCGGGCCUUUACACAUUCAGACUGUUUUCAAGGAUGUUUUGGUUAAGAAAACCCAGCGGGACACGAAGAAAAGAAGUCCGAGGCCCGUGUAAAGUUUGGAUGUUGGUACUGAAGCUGCGCGUCUGUGAAUAUGAGAGACGUAUUGCCUUUCGCGGACACCAAGCUGGAAUGAAAUGGUACGCAGUUAAAACCUUUUUGAAAUAAUACAUUCCCGCAGGCAGUACUUGACUGGUUGAAAGCGCAGGUGAUUUUGCAUGAUGAUUUUGUUGAAUCAAAAUAAAUGUAACGGGCUAUCAUGUCUCGUUAUUUCAGAAAGCGCAGUCGGAUGUUAAUUUUCCUUUUGACCGAUUGUGAUAGUUACGUUUUUAAGUUACAGUUCCUCGUACUUUCAUUAAAGAACAAAUUGGA